CGCUGUUGCCCCUUUCCGCGACGAAGUUUGAAUUGAUUUCGAGUCAUUGAAUACAUACAUAUGUAUAUAUACUAGUGUAUUACUGGUCAUGUUUAAGGGUAAUUAAUUGUUUUUAUAUAUCUGUUUUUUGAACACGAAUGUUGAAAAGAAGAAUAAAUAUAAUCCCAAAAAUAAUAUUUUGUAAAAGAAAAUAAAUCAUAAUGACGAAAGACGAGACUUUGGACAAAAAAUCAGUAGAAAACAAUGAUACUGAUAAAAAAGCUAUAUCUGAAAGUGGUCCAGAUCCAUCAGCACCGAUAACUCGAAGAGGAGUACUGACAUCAUUUUUAACUGGCAAACCUAUGGAAAUACCAGAACAAGAUAUUUUGGGUAAAUGCAGAUUUGUGUCUGAAUUUGAAAAAUUAAAUCGUAUAGGAGAAGGCACAUAUGGUAUCGUUUAUCGAGCAAGAGAUACUAAAAAUGAUAAAGUUGUAGCACUAAAGAAGGUUCGAAUGGAGCAUGAGAAAGAUGGUUUACCAGUUAGCGGCUUAAGAGAAAUAUCAGUACUUUUAUCGUGUCGUCAUGAAAAUAUAGUACACUUAAGAGAAGUAGUUGUAGGAAGAAGCUUAGAAAGCAUAUUUCUUGCUAUGGAAUAUUGUGAACAAGACUUGGCAAGUUUAUUAGAUAACAUGCAAGCCCCAUUUUCAGAAAGUCAAGUCAAAUGUAUUGUUUUGCAAGUAUUAAAGGGUUUACGUUAUCUGCAUCACAAUUUUAUUGUACACAGAGACUUAAAAGUGUCAAAUCUUCUAAUGACUGAUAAAGGAUGUGUAAAAAUUGCUGAUUUUGGAUUAGCUAGGUGGUUUGGUUUACCUUUAAAACCAAUGACACCAAGAGUAGUAACAUUAUGGUAUAGAGCACCGGAAUUAUUGUUACAAGCAAAAACUCAAACAACUUCUGUCGAUAUGUGGGCUGCUGGAUGUAUCUUGGGUGAAUUACUUGGACAUCGACCUCUAUUACCUGGACGAUCGGAAAUUGCGCAACUGGAAUUGAUCGUUGACUUAUUGGGUACUCCAAGUGAAGCAAUUUGGCCAGAAUUUAAUACACUUCCAGCAUUACAAAACUUUACAUUGAAGCAACAACCAUAUAAUAAUUUAAAACAGAGAUUCCCAUGGUUAAGUGCUGCCGGUUUAAGAUUAUUAAAUUUUUUAUUUAUGUAUGAUCCAAAGAAAAGAGCUACUGCAGAAGAAUGUUUACAAAGCAGUUAUUUUAAAGAAGCCCCUUUACCAUGUGAUCCUAAGCUUAUGCCUACAUUCCCGCAACACAGAAAUAUGAAAAAAGCUGCCCCGACAAAGGAAACUAGAGAACCAGAGACAAAUGUUACAGAUCAGACUAAUAACUUGCCUGCAAUUUCAGAUCUUCUUGGAUCGCUUGUUAAGAAGAGACGAGUUGAAUGAACUUUAAAACUUUCUCUACCCUCGUUGGUACAAGGCCCUUCACCCAACAUACAUUUAAUGUAAUUGGUAAGAACACGUCCAUUUUGAAGUAUCCUAUCAAC